AUGUCGCUAUUCUGGUCAACCCCUCUAGACAUAGACAUCGUACUUGAAGAUGCCGACGAUCGCGCCAUGGUCGACGUCAAGCUAGACAAGAACCGUCGCGAAAAAGCUCCCUUAUAUCUAGACGGCGAGAGUGUCAAAGGCGCCGUCACUGUCCGCCCGAAAGACGGCAAGCGUUUAGAACACACCGGCAUCAAGGUCCAAUUCAUUGGCACAAUCGAGAUGUUCUUCGAUCGCGGAACACACCACGAGUUCUUGUCCAUGCAAACUGAGCUUGCUGCCCCCGGCGACCUCCAACAUCCUCAGACCUUCCCUUUCACCUUCAAGAACGUCGAGAAGCCGUAUGAGAGUUACUCGGGCAUCAAUGUGCGCCUACGCUACUUUGUCCGUGUUACUGUGAGUCGUCGCAUGCAGGAUGUUGUGCGCGAAAAGGAUCUCUGGGUCUACUCGUACCGCAUGCCACCAGAGACCAACAGCGUUAUCAAGAUGGACGUUGGUAUCGAGGAUUGCCUGCACAUUGAGUUCGAAUACAGCAAGAGCAAGUACCACUUGAAGGAUGUCAUUGUCGGCCGCAUCUACUUCUUGCUGGUUCGCCUGAAGAUCAAGCACAUGGAACUUAGUAUCAUCCGUCGCGAGACCACCGGUGUACCGCCAAAUCAAUACAACGAGAGCGAGACGCUCGUACGCUUCGAGGUAUGCAAAAGCCCCUACGCAUCCAGCAUUCUCUCAGAAACAAUCACUGACUCACUUGACAGANUCAUGGACGGCUCACCUUCCCGCGGCGAAACAAUUCCCAUCCGUCUCUUCCUCGGAGGCUUCGACCUAACACCCACCUUCCGCGAAGUAAACAAGAAAUACUCGACACGCUACUACCUCUCUCUGGUGCUCAUCGACGAAGACGCCCGCCGCUACUUCAAACAGAGCGAAAUCGUGCUCUACCGUCAAGCACCCGAGGGCGUCGAGGCCGCCCAAAGGCAGGCCAAAGAGAUACAAAUGAGCUGGAAGCCAGACGCCCCAUCGUGA